AUGAGUAAAAAUAAUAAAGAAGAAAUAAGUAAAGAUAAAGUUGGUGAUGACAAUGAAUAUAAUUCAGAUACAGAUACAGAUGAUGAAGUAACCUAUUUUGUUGAUGAUCUCGACACUGUCAAGUUGGUGGUCAGCUGUGACGGUGGUGGUAUGCGUGGUCUCAUUGCUCUGCAGAUUCUAGAGUAUAUCCAGGAGGUCUGUGGCGUCGACAUCAUACAUAGAGCCGAUUUACUGGGUGGCACCUCCACGGGUGCGCUCCUGGCAUUCACCAAGUCCAACGGAUAUUCCGACGACGAGAUUACUGACACCUACAAAAAAAUGGGUGUCAUCAUGUUUGACGGAUUCUUCAAAAAGUUUAUCAAUGUACUGCGAGAUUUCUGUCUCUCGGAUAUGCGCGCCUACGAGAAGGAAUUGGACCGUCUCUUCUCCCAAGUGAAAAUGUCGGAUUUCCUGCAGGAGCGAAAACUGUUUGUUCUUAGUUCCGCCAGGAAUCGCGAGCAACAAACGUACAUCCCAAAGGUUAUCAGUAAUUAUAAACCGACUUCUGCCACCGUUAUUCAAGCGCUUCGCGCCACCUCUUCGGCGCCACCCUAUUUCUCGCCGGUGGAGAUCGAAGGUGUCACCUAUGUGGACGGUGGUAUUCUCGCCAACAAUCCAAUAUUCAAAGCAAAGGAAGAGUCGGACCGUCUGUUCAGACCGGGAACCAAGUUGAUUAUGGUAUCGAUUGGAACUGGACACGUUAAGAACCAAGAGAAAUCGACGACCCCAGAGAUGUUUUCAGAGGGUGCACUGUCGCCUGCACUCGUGCGAACACUGCUUAGCGCCAUCGCCAACUCACAUUCACUUCACAAAGAUUUCAAAGAUUCAGUCCAUAACAAUCCGAUGGUAUCGUAUCACCGUUUCGACGUUGUAUUGGAAGAUGAGAUCAAGCUAGACGACCACAGUGAGAAAGCGAUUCAAACAAUGGCAAGAACUGUCCAGACUUUUAAGGAGCAUACUAAAAUACAAAAGAAACUACAAAAACUUAAAGAAGAUCUACAGAGUCUACCAACAAAACCAGCAAAACCAACGAAAAAAUCUAGUUCUCCUCCAAAAUCUUCAAAACCAACAGCCGUACCCCAACUUCAUCCACAAGCAUAA